AGUUCCCUCUCGUUCAAUCGUCAUCGGCAAGCCAAAUAUCCUUUGUGCUGAUUUCACUCUUUUUAACAUUCGGCAUCGCGGGUCAGGGCCGGACCAUUCAUUGUCAAUGUCAAUAGCUUUGCGAACAUAACAAUUAAUUGAUCGCUAUAGUAUCGCAUCCACAUGUGCGCAUAAAUACUCCAAUAAGAGAGUCACAAAGUAAUAUAUUCACCAUGUCGGCCGACGCGAAUCGCGACGGUGUGGAGGCCGUUCACGAUACCCCUCCUACUACCGAAGAGAAAAUCCCGAAUGCUGAAGACAAGAUCCCGCACGUCGAAGAAAAGAUUCCGAACGUUGAAGAGAAGAUCCCGCAGGAGUCGGAUGUUGCCGUCAUUGGGUCCGGGUCUGGAUCAGACACUGGAGAGCACAUCCGGGGUCCUAACGGCGAAGUAUAUCCCACUAAAGAAGAGCUUGAGUCUUUACGUCGCGUUAAGGGUCCAAUUAAUUGGAUUAUUUACACAAUUGCUUUCAUCGAGCUCUGUGAGCGAUUCGCUUACUAUGGAACAACUGCCGUCUUCGUCAACUUCAUUUCGCAGCCUCUUCCUCCCGGUUCCACCACUGGUGCCGGUGGCACAGACCUGCAAGCCGGUGCUCUCGGUCAAGGUCAACAAGCUUCAACCGGUUUAGUUCUGUUCAACAGCUUCUGGUCUUACCUAUUGCCUCUAUUCGGUGGAUGGGUGGCCGACACAUAUUGGGGAAAAUAUAAGACAAUUCAUGUGGCCGUCGGAGUAGCUCUAUUCGGCCAUAUCAUUCUCAUUGUUUCAGCCCUACCGCCGGUCAUUUCCAACCCGAAAGGCGCUCUUGGUUGUUUCGCAGUCGGUCUCAUUUUCUUCGGUAUUGGUGUGGGAUUAUUCAAGGCCAACAUCUCGCCUAUGAUCGCCGAACAAUACGAAAGCACGCAACCAAGAGCCAUUAUUAAGGUCUUGAAGAGUGGCGAACGCGUCGUGGUCGACCCAAUCCUCACUAUCUCCGUCAUUUACAUGCGAUACUAUUUCUUCAUCAACGUUGGUUCCCUUGUCGGAUCGAUUGCAAUGGUUUACGCCGAGAAAUAUGUCGGCUUCUGGCUCUCCUACACCUUGCCUACCGGUUUAUUCAUGCUCUGCCCCAUAGUACUACUCUCAUUUAAGAACAAAUACGUGCGCCGCCCGCCAACAGGUUCCGUCCUCGGCAAAGCUGUAGGAUUGGUCUUCCUUUCGAUGAAGGGCCGUUGGUCUCUAAAUCCGAUCACUACCAUCAAGAAUAUGCGAGCGCCAGGAUUCUUCGAGAGGGUAAAGCCAAGCAAUAUCCCCGAGGCUGAGCGCCCCGCAUGGAUGACUUUUGACGAUCACUGGGUUGACGAAGUACGCCGUGGAUUCAAGGCCUGCAGCGUUUUCGUGUGGUAUCCCCUCUACUGGCUAUCCUACAACCAAAUUAGCAGCAAUCUCACCUCCCAAGCUUCGUCUAUGGUAUUAAAGGGUGUACCGAACGACGUUGUCAACAACCUCGACCCUAUCUCAUUGCUAAUUUUCAUUCCAAUUGCCGACAAAUUGAUGUACCCCGCUCUCAGACGCCGGGGUAUCAACCUCACUCCCAUCAAAAAGAUCACUGGUGCCUUCAUCCUUGCAACCUUGUCAAUGGUGGUUGCUGCCAUCAUCCAACAUUACAUCUACAUGCAAUCACCCUGCAGAUCUCUUUCCGGGUAUGGAUAUAUCGAAAACUGCAAAGAUGUUCGCAAUCUUCCAGACAAUGCGGCUGAAACUGAUUACAAGGCGCCGCUGAGCGUCUGGAUCCAAACACCCGCAUAUGUCCUCGUCGCCUUCGCCGAAAUCGGUGCAUCAAUCACUGGUCUCGAAUACGCAUUCACGAAAGCGCCGAAGAACAUGCGAGGAUUUAUCACAGGUGUCUUCUGGUUCGCGCAGGCUUUCUCCGCUGCUAUUGGCCAGGCCUUCGUACCCCUUGCAACUGACCCCCUCCUAGUAUGGCUAUAUGUGACCAUCGCCAUCGUCUCUGCCCUUGGUGGAAUCGGCUUCUGGUGGAUGUUUUCCGAGCUCGAUCGCGAGGAAGAGGCCCUUAACGCUCUUCCGGACAGUUUGUUCAAGGGUAGCCAGAACACGGACGCGGACUUCGCUGCUGUCGAGGCAGCGCAAGCGGAGCAAGAGAAGAUCCGACAUGCUCAGGGACUAGAUAAGGCCCCUUAAGCCUUCCACCGAAAAAUUUGCAUUUUUGAAAUGUUGGAUUGAAACCAUUCUGGUUGGUUUCUGUAUGGCUGUUAUCACAAUUCUCUAAAACUGAACCAUACCCCGUAUCAAUAUCCGUAGUGCUAGUCUAGUAUAGAGUAGUAUACAGUAUAUACCCUUACUCAUUGAAUUUUGCAUUCCACUGCUCAGAUUGGUGUUAGUAGGUAAGGCAGCCAGG